GUGUCUCCCCGGGGAGGGCACUGAGGGGGGUCUGUCUGUCUUGGGGGGGCAGGGAGGAAUGAAGGGAUCCCCUCUGUUUGUCCUGGGAUGGGGAAGGUGGAAUGUUCUGUCUGUCCAUCCGGGGGGGACAACGAGGGGGCUCUGCCUGUUGUGCUGGGGGGGCCUGGGAGAGAAGUCGGUCUGUCUGUCCGAAGAGCAGCACGGAGGGGUCUGUCUGUCAUAGGGCGAUAGGGAAGAGAAGGGUCUGUCUGUCUCUCUGUCUGUCUGGGGUGGGGGCACCGCAGCCCCCUCACCCACCCUCUUCCCCCUGCAGAGCCCCCCCUACAUGAGCCUCCCCCGUGAUGAGCUCCAAGGCCAAGCGGGUGCUGCCCACCCGCCCUGAGCCCCCCAGCGUGGAGCAGAUCCUGGAGGACGUGCAGGGCACCCACCCGGCCGACCCCGUGUUCGUCCUCCCCGCCGAGCCCCCCCUGGACCACGGCCCCGCUCCAGGCUCCCCCGACCCCGCGGCCGAGGAGCGGGAGCGGCUGUACCGGCAGAGCCGCUCGUACGUGGGGAUGAACCAGCGGCUGCAGCGAUCCCGGGAGCAGCUGCGGGAGCAGCGCCGGCAGCUGGAGCGGGCGGGAGCGGAGCUGGAGCGCGGCAUCGCAGAGAUGAGGGAGAAGGCGCUCUGAGGGCCGGGGUCGGAGCCCUGACCCCUCCUGGACUGUGGUGGGGCACCUCAGGACGCCUCAGGCUGUGGUUUUGUCUUCCCAAA